AUGACGAUGGACUCGACGUCCGCGUCCUCAUCCAAGGCGCACGCGGACCCGGCGACCGAGGCGAGCGACCGCGAGGCGCGCAUGAACGUGCGGCGCCAGCGCAUCGAGGCACGCAACGCGUCCAAGGAUGACGCCUCGCGCAAGAAGCAGCUGCAGGUGGGCGAGUCGCAGCGCAUGAGCCGCGGCCAGCAGCAGGUGGCCGACAGCCUCAACCAGCUGGACUGCCGCAAGCUCGCGGGCAUCCGCCACGUCACGAGCGUGCGCGUGGAGGCGGACGACGCCGAGAACCGCCGCCGCGUCGAGGAGGAGGAGCGGCGCCACCGGCGCGUGCAGAAGCUCCAGCAGGAGGCCAUCGACAGCGGCGCCAAGAACGCCGCCGUGGAGAUGCGCUGGGCCGAUCUCUUCGAGUUCAGCAUGCCGCAGGAGCUGCACAACGAGCUGGAGCUGCAGAACCGGGCGUGCGCCGAGAUCUUGGCGUCCAAGGACGCGGUGAUCCGCGAGUUCCAGAACCAGCUCAAGGCCAAGGACGAAGAGUACGUGACGGCGCUCAAGGUUCAAGCGGAAGAGGUGGAGAAGCUCGUGGACCGGAUGAGCCAGCAGUACCGCGAGAUGCAGGACGAGUACGAGCUCGAGCUCGAGCAGAUGGAAGACGCCUUCCUCAAGGAGCGAGACGAGCUCAUCGCCAACAACAAGCUCGAGAUCGACUCGCUGUUCGAGCGCAGGCGCGAGAUGGAGAUGGUCUACAUGGAGACCAAGCAGACGCGCGACGAGCAGUAUCUGCAGGAGAUCGAGGAGCUACGAGUGCGCGAUGCAGAGGACUACAACGAGCUCAAGAUUAAGCUCGAGACCAACAUCCAGACGCUCGAGCAGCAGCUUGAAGAGAUGCGCGCCACGUACCAGCUCAACACAGAGAAGCUCGAAUACAACUACCGAGUACUGACGGAGCGCGAUAUGGAGAACUCGGCGACGCUCAGUCAGCAGAAGCGGAAGUUGGCUCGACUGAAAGACGCGCUGGCCACUCUGAUCGCCAAGUACAACCAGACUGACGCCCGAGAUCGACACCAAAACGAGGAGCUCACGGAGGAAUAUCGGCGCCUCACGAAGCAGUACCGCGAUCUGCAGAGGAAGUACGCGCACUUCGAAUCCAGCGACAGCAACAAGUUCGACGAGGUGUGGCAGAUGCACGAAGAAGACGCGAUUCAUAAGAUCGAAAAGCUGCUGGACGCAGAUCGCAUCAUCCACGAGCAGCAGCUUGGUCUCACGUGGCGGCCACCGGCGCAGUCCAUCCGUAACUGGAGUCAGUCUGCAAAGGCUGGUGAUGUGGCAGCUCUCCAGAAGCAGCUCGAGAACGGAGACGAGUCGUCGCCCGAUUCCAACGAGAGCGACAAGGGCGGCAGCAGGCGAGACGACAAUUUGAACGCCGACCAGGACGAUUUCGACGACGAAUCGGUCGAGGCCUACACGCCUCCAGUCAAGAAAAUAUCGGGCGCGAAGCUGAAGUACAUGCUGAAGAUGCUCGCGUCCGAGGCUGGGUUCCUGGUGAACGGCAGCGUGCAGCAAGCGCUGGAAAAUUUACCGGAUGACGAGGCGGAGCUUGUGAAGGCGGACAUGAUCAUGCGCGCGCUCGGGAUCGACAACGAGGAGGACAUGGAGAAGCUCAUGGGCUACUUCUUCGAGGAUCCGCGACAGGAGGUUCCUGUUGGCGGCGACAACAACCGGGAGGGCAGUUCACCCGGCAAGGACGGGGCCAAGUCAUCGUGGGGCCUUGUCGUCGGCCCGGAGGACGUCAUCCGAGUCAUCAAGCAGUUCGUUGAGGAAUACUGGACCAACAUCGUCAAGGUGUUCCCGGCGCAGAAGAUCCGCGUUAUGGCCACGCUCGAGAAGGGGCUGACGCACUACAACACGGCGCUGCUGCGUCGCAAGGAGCUGAUCGACGAGGUGACGGCCAUGAAAACCCAGAACGCAGAGCUCAAGAACCUGCUCAAGCAGUACCUGGCCGCCCCCAUCAACGAGGACCUCAUCGUGCCGCCCACGCAGAUGCAGCUCUACCAGUGACAGGCAGCGAAGUUGAAGUGCUACUUAGUCGAAAUGGACUCACAAUACCC